AGGGACAUCAAAAUGAAGUGAAAAAGGCUCAGAUUUUUCCACCUCGCACGUUGCAUUGUGGCGUGGCUCAUUGCUCCUAUUUAAGUGGAACGUCUCUCGGCAUUUUAAGGUGUGAUAAACUCUCGUGCGUUACGAGCGAAGACCAGAAAGAAAGAGAAAGGAAGAAAAGAAAAGAAAAGUAAAGACAGAUAUGGGGAGCGAAAUUCCAAGCGUCAAGGAGGGCGGCCGGACCUUGAUCAUCGGCUCCACCGGGUUCAUCGGGCGGUUCGUGGCGGAGGCGAGCCUCGCAUCCGGCCGGCCCACGUACCUUCUGGUCCGGGGUGGUCGCCUGAGCUCCUGCAAGGCGAAGGCCAAUGCUGCCAUGUCUCUACAAGAGAAAGGAGCCAUCAUACUUCAAGGAUCGUCAAGUGACAAAGCGACGAUGGAGAAGUUGUUGAAGGAACACAAGAUUGAGAUUGUAAUAUCAGCAGUUGGUGGGGAAAGCAUUUUAGGGCAGCUCGUCCUUGUUGAGGCCAUGAAAUCAGUCGGCACUAUUAAGAGGUUUCUUCCAUCUGAAUUCGGGCACGACAUCGACCGGGCACACCCCGUGGAACCAGGGUUGGCCAUGUACGAGAAGAAGAGGACAGUGAGGAGGCUGAUCGAAGGCUCGGGCUUGCCCUACACCUACGUCUGUUGCAACUCGAUCGCGGCUUGGCCUUACCACGACAACACCCAUCCCGCCGACGUUUUCCCACCAUUGGACCGCUUCCAAAUCUAUGGCGACGGCACCGUCAAAGCUUAUUUCAUGGCGGGCCGCGACAUAGGGAAGUUCACUAUAAAAUGUCUCGACGACGAUCGGACCCUGAAUAAGACGGUCCAUUUUCGACCUUCCAAAAAUCUACUGAGCAUCAAUGAGCUUGCAUCUUUGUGGGAGGAGAAAAUAGGGUUCAAGCUCCCUAGAGCAACUGUAACCGAAGAAGAUCUUCUUUCUGCUGCCCAAGAAAUGGUGAUCCCGCGGAGUGUCGUCGCCGCGCUAACCCAUGAUAUAUUCAUAAAGGGAUGCCAAGUCAAUUACUCUUUGGACAAGCCGACUGAUGUUGAAGUGACCUCUCUGUAUCCCGACAUGCCUCUUAAGACAGUCGAUGAAUGCUUCAGUGAAUUCGCCAAGAAGAUUGCAGAUGUACCAAAGCCAGUCGAGGAUUCGGGAUACAGAGUCAGUAUCGUUUCGCCCAAGUCUAAGCCAGAAGCUUUGGUUCUAACUGCUUAAAGCAGUGCUGCGUUGUCCAAGUUUACUGUGAUUGCGUCCUCGUGAUAAUGAUUUAAUUGAUCUUGCAUUCUUCAUGUUCAGUUCUGAUCAUGUUUCUUGUAUCCCCCAAAAGUUGUUAUGGGUAAAAGACUCGUGUUCUUGAGAACGACUUGCCAUGGAAAUUCAUCGGA